AUGAUCACCUGGGAUGAGGACAUCAACUUCGCGAGCGCUCUGCUUUUGCAUAGUUGCCUGACUGUUAUUCUCAACAUCCUCACGAUCGUCAUCAAGCUGGCGCCCUUCCGCCGCAAGGCUCGACCUCGAACCCCAAACACCCGUUCCGUUCUCCUAGACGGCUACACCUCAAUCCUUUCCAACGACAACGAUGGCGACCUCGCCGAGCUGUACUUCACC